AAAAAGUGUUUCACCAAUAGUUUUUUCUUUAAAGAUACACAAGUGCGAUGGCAACACUAAGCAGUGAUAACUAUCAAUUAAAAUGGCAUUCGUUUGGAUCCCACUUACAUACAUCCGUAGCCACUCUUUUCCAAUCAGAAUAUUACACGGACACAAUAUUAUGUACAUCAGAUGGUCACCAAGUAAAUGCUCACCGAUUUCUUUUAUCAUUGUGUAGUGCAUACUUUCAAAACAUAUUUAAAUCGUAUGCUAAAGCCAAUUCCACAUUACCAUUAAUUGUCAUAAUGCCACCAGAUAUUGACAUAAAAACAUUGAAAACAUUGAUCCAAUACAUAUAUUGUGGUGAGACCACCGUAUCAAAUGAAAUAUUGGAAAACGUUUUAAAAGCUGGCGACUUAUUAAAAAUACGUGGUUUAUGGCGUCCAAAAGAUGCUGACUCAAACUUAGGUUCACCAGCAGAAGCAACUCAACAAGCAAAUACAGAACUUCUUCCAAAAAAAACUCAAAAAAUACCACAACAAUCUCCGAUACCUACUACAUCCACAAAACCAAUGCCGAUGAUACGAAAAAUUGUACUUUCAAAAGAUCGUAAUCGUGUUCCAAAUAUUUUGAAUGUACCCCCAUUGGAACCAAUUUCAAAUGCUGUUACUUCUGAUGGUAUCAAAAUUGAAAAUGUUCGAUCCCAAAUGGAAACGGAUGUACCAUUACGAACAUACAGCAAUAUUAAAUUAGAAUAUAAAAAGAUGGAUAAGUUUCAAAAAAUUAAUCCAAAAAUUGAUCAAAAGAAAGCGGAUGAUAAAGCCAAAGAUGGUGAUUCAUAUAAUUCACAAGAAGAAAAACACGGAGAAAAAAAAUUGAUAAAAGUAUUGUUAAAAAAUCCACCACAAAAACAACAGUCAUCUUCAGCAUCAUCAUCGAGUGACAUUCCAGAAGAUAAGCAUCAUGAGCCUGACGAACAUUUAGAUGAUACUGAUAAAUAUUUAGUGAUCAAAGAGGAGCCAAUCGAGUGGGAUCAACUGGAUGAUGUAGAUUUGUCAGAAAAUGAAUUGUUUCAAUCAGAAAUGACAAUCAAACCUGAAAUCAUUUUUCCAAAUGACGAAGAAGAAGAAUAUCAAAUGCAUAUUGAAGAAGAGAAAGACGAUAAUUAUUAUUCACCAUUAACAUGCGAAUUGUGUUCGGAAACAUUUACAAUACCUGCUGAUUGGGUGCGACAUAUUGAAGGACAUUCGGAUCUAUAUCAACCAGCAAAACGACAACGAAGAGGACGAUCAAAUCCGGACGAUGACAAUACGAAAUUGCCACCAUUAGUGUGUGAUUUAUGCCAAAAAAUUCUUCCAACACCAGCUGAAUGGGUGCGUCAUAUACAACAAACGCAUACCGAAAAAGAAUUAGCUGCAAGUAACAAUAGUAAUGGAAAUCCCAAACCAAAAAAUAUACAAGCCAUAGCAGGUAACUUAAAAGUUUGUAGCAUAUGCAGCAAACGAUUCCCAUCGCACGCAAGUAUGGUAAUUCAUGCUAGAACUCAUACGGGCGAACGACCAUUUUUGUGUACACUCUGCAAUAAAGGAUUCAACGUAAAAAGUAAUUUAUUAAGACAUUUGAGAACAUUGCAUGACAAGAUCAUUAAUUCGGCUGAUGUUGGUGAUAAACCUGAAGCAACGUGCUCAGAAUAAAGGAGUUCAUUAAAUGAUACCUAAGAAUAAACGGUGCAAUUGAAAUUUUUUCCAAUGUGCAGGAUGGUGCAAAAGGUACGUGCAUAUAUAAAAUCGGAAUAACUUACUACAAUUA